CUUUUGUGAUAGGGGUGUCACCUUAAGAGUUCCUCAUAUAAUAAUAAUAUUUUCAGACAUAAAAUUUAUAAAAAUAUAGAUAUUUACGAAAACAUAAGGAAAAUUUACAUCCACACGUUGUAUAGAAAUUACUUUGGUGCUCUUACUCUUCUGUGCUACAAUUCCAUUUCCAAUACAAAUAUAGUUUCAGUUGUUGCACUUAAAGCUAAAUCCAUAGCCAUGACUCUCCAAGCUUCUUCAUGCUUCACCGUUGCCAUUCCCUCCUUCGCUCUCCCUACCUCUCGCUGUCGUCGUGGCUGUGUAAUUCGAGCCAAAGUGGAACCAUCAGAGAAGUCUGUUGAGCUAAUGAGGAAGUUCUCAGAGCAAUAUGCUCGGAGGUCUGGGACAUACUUCUGUGUUGAUAAGGGGGUCACUUCUGUGGUUAUCAAGGGAUUGGCAGAUCAUAAAGAUCAAUUGGGUGCACCUCUUUGUCCUUGUCGGCAUUAUGAUGACAAAGCUGCUGAGGUGGGACAAGGUUUCUGGAACUGUCCUUGUGUUCCUAUGAGAGAGAGGAAGGAAUGCCAUUGCAUGCUCUUUCUUACUUCCGACAAUGACUUUGCCGGGCAGGAACAGGCCAUCACUUUGGAAGAGAUCAAAGAAUCAACAGCUAAUAUGUAACUGACAAAUGUUUUAAUUGUCACUGUCAUGAUCUGUAUGUAUGAAUGUAUAUCUCAUAAAAACCAAUCUAAAAACGAAUGAAUUUUCAUUACUCUGCCUCUGAUGUAGUCCAUAUUUGACUCCUGCUCUUCGUUCUACUACACUUGAAACACACUCAUACAGGAGGUUCAAUAAUACAAUUGAAAUGAAAGGAAGGUAUGAGUUUUAUUCUUUGAAA